AUGUCCAAGAAACCCGAACCAAGUCCCGUGCGUGUGCGUCUAGCAACACACGCAGGUUCGUGGUAUUCACAUGAUGAACAGAAACUUCGUGAUGAGCUUUCAGACUGGCUAAAAACAGCAGAGGAUCAAAGCACGGAGCAAAAAGAGUCCAAUAUACGCGCUAUUAUUGUACCACAUGCAGGUUUUCGAUAUUCAGGUCUUACAGCUGCAUGCGCGUAUUAUCAUUUAUUAAAUUUGGAACGUCUCAAACGAGUUUUUAUUUUGGGUCCUUCCCAUCAUUUCUAUUUACGUGGAUGUGCUGUAUCAACUGCUCACGAAUAUGAAACGCCAUUGGGAAAUAUUGUGAUUGAUCGUGAAAUUAACGAAAAACUUGUAAAUUCGGGCAAAUUUGCGACUAUGUCAAUGGAUGUGGAUGAAGAUGAACACAGUAUUGAAAUGCAUCUUCCUUUUAUCUACAAGAUAAUGAAUGGCCGUCAAUUUACAGCAGUUCCGAUCUUAGUGGGCAAUACUAAGAGUAAAAUGGAUGAGGAAUACGGAAAGAUAUUAGCACCAUAUUUAGAGAAUGAUGAAAAUCUGUUUGUGAUUAGCUCUGACUUUUGUCACUGGGGGCCACGUUUUCGGUACCAGCCACACGACUCGACGUAUGGAGAAAUCCAUGAAUAUAUUAAAUAUCUAGAUCAUCAAGGCAUGGGUUUUAUUGAACGCUUGGACGCUGAGGGGUUUACGAAGUACCUGGAUGAAACACACAACACAAUUUGUGGUCGCCACCCGAUCUCGCUGUUGUUGCAUAGCAUCUUGGCCUCAAAGAAGCUGAAGUGCAAGCUAAAGUUUGUCAAGUAUGCGCAAAGCAGCGCAUGUAUGCGUCGCGGUGACUCUUCUGUGAGCUACGCCUCUGCCAUCGUCUACAGCGAACCGCAGUCGUAG